ACUCACUCAUCAUUAAAAUCCGUAAAAUUCCAGUUCUACUCGAAUCCGCCAUCUUCUUCUCCCUCUUCAUUUGUUUAUUUAUUUUUAAUUUUUGAUUUAUUUUAAAGUAAUUGACAGCCAAUUAUGAACAAAGGCGCUGUAUAAAAUCAAGAGAGACGCCUCGUUUCUUACGCAGAAAAUUGAUAUAUGAAAUUCGCCUUUUUACGGAUCCAGACGAAUUUUUGUAUAUUUCUUGUGAGCAAGAGAAUGAAGAGUGAGAGAGAAGUUGAUUACUAGUUUUGAUAUAAAUUCCGCAGUGAAAAGAGCCUUUCACCUCUGGAAUUGAGAGUGAAAGGUUUGAGAAUCAAUGGCGAAAUCAGAGUACGGCAUCAUUGUAUGCAUUAACUCUGCUUUGGUAUUGACGGCGGCGUUACUCCAUUGCGUCCUCGGCGGCAACGACGGCGGCAGCGGCGGCGUAACUUACGAUGGAAGAUCCUUGAUCGUCAAUGGUGAACACAAACUUCUCUUCUCUGGUUCUAUUCACUAUCCGCGGAGCACCCCUGAUAUGUGGCCUUCUUUGAUAGCCAAAGCAAAGGAAGGUGGAAUAGACGUUAUACAAACCUACGUGUUCUGGAACCUUCACGAACCCCAACAAGGAACGUAUGAAUUUAGUGGAAGACGUGAUAUAGUAAGAUUCGUGAAAGAAAUACAAGCACAAGGACUAUAUGCUACCCUUAGGAUUGGACCCUUCAUUGAGGCUGAAUGGAAUUAUGGUGGUCUACCAUUUUGGUUACAUGAUGUUCCUGGAAUUGUUUAUCGAUCUGACAACGAACCAUUUAAGUUUCACAUGCAAAACUUCACCACUAAGAUCGUGAACAUGAUGAAGUCGGAAGGCUUAUAUGCUUCACAAGGAGGGCCAAUUAUACUUUCACAGAUUGAAAAUGAAUACACAUUGGUGGAGGCAGCCUUUCGUGAGAAGGGACCGCCUUAUGUUCUAUGGGCAGCAAACAUGGCUGUUAGCCUUCAGACUGGUGUGCCAUGGAGCAUGUGCAAGCAAAACGAUGCACCUGACCCUGUGAUAAAUACUUGUAAUGGAAUGAGAUGUGGAGAAACAUUCACAGGACCAAACUCGCCUAACAAGCCAUCUAUUUGGACUGAGAAUUGGACUAGUUUUUAUCAAACAUAUGGUGAAGAACCGUACAUGAGAUCAGCAGAGGAAAUUGCAUUUCAUGUUGCUCUUUUCAUUGCUGCAAAGAAUGGGACUUAUGUCAAUUAUUAUAUGUAUCAUGGAGGAACCAACUUUGGAAGAUCAGCCUCUGCACUUAUGAUCACAGGUUACUAUGAUCAAGCCCCCCUGGAUGAAUAUGGUUUAAUUAGGGAACCCAAAUGGGGUCAUCUUAAAGAAUUACAUGCUGCAGUUAAGCUAUGCUCCACGCCUUUGCUCACAGGAACAAAAUCCAAUUUCUCAUUGGGUCAAUCACUCGAAGCUAUUGUGUUCGAAACGGAGUCCGAAGAAUGUGCUGCCUUUUUGGUGAAUAAGGGAGCUACAGACACGAAUGUCCUCUUUCAAAAUGUUACUUACGAGUUACCUCUCAGUUCCAUCAGCAUCUUACCAGAUUGUAAAAAUGUGGCCUUCAAUACUAGAAGGGUAAGUGUACAUCACAAUACGAGAUCAAUGAAGGCAGUACAAAAGUUUGAGUUGUCUGAAGAAUGGCAAGAGUUCAAGGAACUGAUACCUAACUUUGACGAAACCGAAUUAAGAGCAAAUGAGUUAUUAGAGCAUACGGGUACCACAAAAGACAGAUCAGAUUAUCUUUGGUAUACUUUUAGGAUUCAACAGGAUUCUCCUGACUCUCAACAAACACUUGAAGUGGAUUCUCGAGCUCAUGCCUUGCAUGCAUUUGUCAAUGGGGUUUAUGCAGGCUCUGCCCAUGGAACUUACAAAGAAAGAAGUUUCUCUCUGGAGAAUAAUAUUACAUUGACAAAUGGCAUCAACAACAUCUCAUUGCUCAGUGUAAUGGUUGGAUUACCGGAUUCUGGAGCAUUUCUUGAGAGCAGAGUUGCUGGACUGCGAAGAGUGAGAAUUCAAGGGGAGGAUUUCUCAGAACAAUCUUGGGGAUACAAGGUUGGCCUGUCAGGAGAGCAAUCGCAAAUAUUUUUAGACACCGGAUCAAGCAGUGUUCAGUGGAGCAGGUUAGGAAACUCUUCUCAACCGCUCACAUGGUACAAGACUCAGUUUGAUGCACCUCCUGGUGAUGAUCCAAUUGCACUGAACCUUGGUUCCAUGGGGAAGGGUGCAGUUUGGGUUAAUGGCCGGGGCAUUGGUCGGUACUGGGUCUCCUUCCUCACCCCAAAAGGGGAGCCAUCACAGAAAUGGUAUAAUGUACCGCGUUCCUUCCUCAUGCCAACUGGAAACCAGUUGGUUAUUCUUGAAGAAGAAACAGGAAACCCGAUUGGGAUAUCUUUGGAUUCCGUUUCGAUUACCAAGACAUGUGGGCAAGUGUCUGAAUCACAUUAUCCUUUAGUAGCUUCAUGGAUGGGUGCAAAGAAACAAAGGACGAGCGGUACAAAGAACAGAACCAGAAGACCUAAGGUCCGAUUAAGCUGCCCUACUAACAAGAACAUCUCCAACAUCUUAUUUGCAAGCUUUGGGACCCCGUCCGGUGACUGUCAAAGCUAUGCUAUUGGAAUGUGUCACUCGCCAAACUCCAGAGCCGUUGUAGAGCAUGCGUGUCUAGGGAGGGCCAAAUGCUCGAUUCCAAUCUCAAAUCUGAACUUUCGAGGCGACCCAUGUCCGUAUGUCACCAAAACAUUGUUGGUCGAUGCACAAUGUACAUAAAUGACGGAAGACGCCUAGCAUGAAGUACAUGGC